GACAAUCAAAAAUAUUUGCUAUGGAAAAUCAAAAUCAGUCAGUUGACACUCAGCUCUCAGUUUGUAAGGGUUUAUUUUUUUGUUUAUUGUUAUUUUUUGUGUGACCGGGAGUGUAAAUGAAUAUAUAAUGAAAGCUUAAACAUUAUUUAAAAUACGUCGAAAAUCAAAUAAAAACAUUACUUUCAAAAUUUAAUAAAAAUGCAGUGCUUCCAUAAAAAUGCCAAUACAAUGCUCCGGCUAACAAAUUUGUUGUUGUUCUGCUUGUUUUUUCACAAUGCAAACUCUCAGCUUAUACCCAUCACUAGUGAACAACAUUUUGCUCUGACGAACAAAGUUACGAUGACUGAUCUGAAGCAUUCCAGCAAUGAAGAAACAAGCUAUACAUUCGAAUCUUUAUUGAAAAUCAGAUCAGUAUGGAGCUCAAAUACAGAACAGUUAUUAGCAGUGUAUUUUUUGGACUCGACAGUAAAAGCACCUAGGCAAAAAGGUAAAAGCUUUGUAACACAGAAAAUUACUACAAUACCAGAUAGACCUUUCUAUAUCACUUUGCUCAACGGUAAACCCAGUAAAGUAAUAGCGCACACAUCACGUGAUCAGUCACUGUUGAAUUUGGAACGUGGUAUUGCCUCACUGCUGCAAUUGCAAAACCAAAAUGGACCUGUGCGGGAGGUAGACAGUUCUGGUACGUGUACUACUUUCUAUAAUAGAAAAUCAAGCACCAGAGUUGAAAAGACAAAAACAGAUUGUGGACACUGGGACCUGCAUGUUUCUUAUCGCGCAGAGAAGCCAUUGAGCGUUACUCAAAACUCACAAGAACACGUUGAAUACGAAUUAAGUGCCGAUGGAAUGCUAUUGAAAGCUACCUCAACUGAAAAGCAUCGUGUAGUUUUAGAAGCAAAGACCGAUGUAGGCAGUCAAGUGGAAUCAGUAUUUGAAAUAAAGAAUCUUUUGGAAAAUAUAAAAAAACCAAUAGACCAGAUGAAUUUUGUGACAUUGGAUGAAGCGAUUAACAGUCUCUUGGAAUGGUAUCGAGUAUUCGACAUUGAAUCUGACGUUGAUGGCGUUGUUAGUGAAAUUAAGGAUAUUACUUUAAAAGACAGUAUUGAUAAGAAAGUUAAACUUCUAUCCGAUAAGCACAUUGGCCAUGAUGAACUUGCCGUUGCAAUAGCUGAGUUAUUGCCUUUAGCACGCAUUACCAAGCAACAGGAAUUCGUGAAUAUCUUGAAAUCACAUGAAAAAUUGUAUGGACAAUUGGUUGACUUGCUAGCUGCAGCUCAAACGAGUGAUGCACAUAAUGCCAUCAAUGAAGUGUUUAAAUAUAAUAAAAAAUCUGAUGAGGAUUUCUUAGAAAAAUAUUUACAAUCUCUCGCAGUGGGUACACAUCCCGAUCGUUAUAUACUUGUUGAUCUCUAUGCACGUCUGACAAGCAAGGAUGAACCUAUAAAAAAUUCAAAACUUUAUGAUACUGUACUGCAAACUUUGGCCACUCUUACAAGACAAACUGGCUUGGAACUAAGCGAUGAGUUGAUAAUACAUAUUCGCAAUUUCAUCACAAGUGAAUUGGAAAAAUGUAAAGAUGCUGCCUGUAAAACGCGUUUCAUACGUGCGUUACAGAAUUUACAAGAUGCCAGUACAAUAGAUAUACUUAUUAAUAGUGUUUUGGAAGGUGAUGCGUAUACAUCAGUUGCUGCUAUGCAAGCUUUGCGUGGUUUCCCAGUAGUAUAUUUCAAAGAGGAGCAACGUAAGCUUUUCGAACAAAUUUUCUAUCAACUGAAACGUCAAUACGACACAUCAGCACGUAUUUUCGCGCUUGACAUAUUGUUGUCACUCAAGCCAACUAAGGAGCAAUUGGGUAAUUUAUUGGAUUAUUUAACAUCCAACGAUAAACAAUUCGAGAUUAAGACUUACGUUAUACAAAAGUUGCAUAUGUUGGCCGAAAAAUGUCCACGAUUUAAUGUGCUACUGAAAGAUUGUCUAGCAGAGAGACCACAUGUUAAUAAUUAUAAUACCAUUGCUCAAAAAGGUCUUACAACUGUAUUAACGCGCCAACUAUCAACAACACCAGCAUUUAAUGAAAGCUUGUUGUCAAUACAAGAAAUAAACAAAGGUGUUCUCAAGCGUGGUUCUGUGGAAUUAAUACUAACUGCGGGACGUGAAGAGACAACUACAUUUAAGUUGGGUAUAUACACAAGUGGUUUAUCGUCAUUUGUCAGUGAAGAUACCGAUGAUGAGGAAGUAGACGAUUCACCUGCUUCUGCAGGUAUGGAAAUAUCUGUCCAAGGUGUAAUAUUACGUCCACUUGUGUUCUUUACUGGAAACUCUGAACUCAUGGGUCAUGUAUGGAGUGGAACCGCUUCAGAUCCCACACCAGCAUAUCAAUCAACUACAGUAACACAUGAUCAUGAACAUUAUAUUAUACUAGCUUCAGGUGCUACUGUAUUUAUACGUAUAAUAGGUGCAAAAUCGGUUGAUUUAAAUGGUAAAGUAAAUUUCAGCAUUUGGAACCGUAACGCUGAAACGGAAAUAAAACAAAAUACUGGUGCCGCUAUUGUUGGUGUUAUGGCUGUUGGCUUCACUUAUGCUCAAUUGGAAAAUCAUUUCAUAGUGCAAAAUGAGCCAAAGAUUAGUUUGGAUGCAAAAAUCGACUUCUAUUCAGAUAUUAAGUUAUGUAUGCAACUACAACGUCCCGAAAUGAUUUUAAAACAUUCCAAUAAAAGAUCCAUAGAACUGAAAGCAGGCAAAGCCUAUCGUAAGCAAGUGUCCACAACUUUCACGCACAAAUCCUUUGGCCGCACUUUGGCCUUAAAUCAAAAGAACAAUGACAUGUGUAACAUGAUCAAUGAAUAAAAUUCUCAUAGAACGAACAAAUUUUGUAAAAUAUUAUAAAGGGCACAUUUUUAAUAUCACAUAAAAUAAGCUUUAUAUUGUUAUUUAUAAUGAUAAAUUGUACUAUGUAUAGUUUAACUCCUUUUUCUUAUAUAAUUGUAACGAACGUAUAAGUUUCUUUAUUUUAUUUUAUUUUGUUAUUUUUUUUUUUGUA